AUGUCGCAGGAGAGUUUUGACCAUAAGUUUCUCGAGGAUGGGUCUGCCGAUAAUCCUCCUGUAACGGCAGAGGCCUCUGAGUUCGAGCACCUCUCUAUUCUACUCAUGCCGAGAAGAGCUAACCAGUCUACUGAGUCUAGUUCCCAUUCCCGAUUGGGACUAGAUUCCGUUAAAGGUGAGGCUGUGACUCUGGAGGAGAAAUUUAGGCAGCUUGAGUCCGAAAGGGACACUGAGAAGGAAGCUGUAAAGGUUGCCCAAGAGAAGGUCGAGACUCGAGUCCGAGCUAAUAAGAAGCUCAAGACUGAUCUCGAGGCCGCUAUUCGAGAUAAUGAUGGACUUCAGGCCGAGCUAGUUGCCUCCAACCACGUUCGGAUUACUCUGAGCAAUAUGAGGUCUGAGUUGGAGGAAAACUUGAAAAAGGCUCAGGACGACCUGAAGGAAGCCCAUGACGAAGUUGAGGCUGCCGAAGCUCGGUCUAUCCUUCUAGUAGAACAUGAGAAGUGGAAAUCUCGGAGGUCUAUGCUCGAAGCGGCUCAACAAGGUCUUUCGAAUAUUCCUACUCGGAUCGCCGAGGCAAAGGAUGUCGAAGACAGGGCCAAAAGAGCACUCGAAGAUAGUUUCGAGGAAGGCUCUAACGAGUCCGACUCUGAUGACUCGGGCUCCUCUUCGGCAGAUUAA